AACAUCUGACCUUAGGUGGCUUGUGGCCUUUGGCCAUAUAUACACCAAAGGUGGGAGCCAUUUUGACCGUAGUCCGUUUGGGCACUAUUACGUUGGCUUUUCUGACGUAGUACCUUAAUCAAACGAUUCAGACUAUUUUAAUGUUCUUCAAGUCAAACAGGGUUGCUGACUGCACUGUUUAAUAAUUACGUAAGGUCAUCUCUGCGAACCUCGCCGAACUAGGAUUGUCAACAUGGCGCUUCACCAGUACAAAGGCAUUCUGUUCCCUGAUACAAUCUCUAAAGACACCUUGGACGUCAUUCCUGACUACCCAGUGCGUGAUGACGACAUUUUCAUCCUGACGUACCCUAAAUCAGGUACGAACUGGAUGAUGGAAAUAGUGGGCAAGGUCAUGAAAGCUGCUGGAAAGAUGGCCGAUCCUGAGGAACACGUCACGUGGUGUUUUGAACUGCAGAUGCCAGAGAGUGACGAAAAACCACGUCAUGUGCUUGCCAUGGAUUCGCCAUCUCCACGCAUAAUCCACACGCACCUACCACGGCAACUGGCCCCAAAAAUGGUCGCUAAUCCUCAGGGAAAGGUCAAAGUGAUUGUAGUGCUGCGGAACCCGAAAGACGUGGUGGUCUCCUUUUACCACUAUGAAAAGAAAAUGGAAACGGAGUUCGAUAUGGAAUAUCUGGAAUCUUGGGACGCCUAUGCAACCAACUAUCUGGAAGGAAAUUGCAUGUAUGGUGACUUCUAUGACCACGCCCUUGGUUGGUGGAAGAUGAAGGAUGACAGCCAUUUCCUCUUCCUGAAGUAUGAAGACAUGAAGAAGGACCUGCGCAGUGUGGUUGGAGACGUUGCAGCCUUCCUUGAGACCAGCCUGGACAAAGUCACUGUGGACAGCAUUGCCGAGUCGUGCACCUUCAACACUUUAAAGGCAGCUUGGGGCAGUUCAGAUGACGCCUUGAAGAAACACCUCUGCAGGAAAGGUGUCAUUGGCGACUGGAAAAGCAUGUUCACUCCGGAGCAAAAUGCAGCCUAUGACGCCAAGCACAAGUUGAGGCUGGAGGGGACUGGCCUGGAGUUUGAUUUUGAGUAGUAAUACAUGUGUGCAUGUAGUACACACACAUAUAUAUAUAUAUAUAUAUAUAUAUAUAUAUAUAUAUAUAUAUAUAUAUAUAUAUAUAUAUAUAUAUGCAUAUAUAUAUAUAUUAUCCGAGUGCAAGUCUAUACAACCUAUAAACAGUCGCCAUGAUCUUGUCUGGUGUAAAUGCCUUGUUUUAGUUCAAAGUAAUGAUUUAGUUUUGGGAGAAACAUAGUUCAGUAUUUGGUAAACACCUUAUAGUUACCUCGCGAUCGUAUGCCCUAAAACGCCAUGGUGGAGGGGUGAUAGCGCGGCACGAAUAUAAUCAAGGAGUUAAGGAUCUAGUUCAAUGGACCGAUCCAAAAACCCCGCCCCCUGUUCGAUCAUGGUUCUAUUUCGAACACCUCCGUCAAAAAUAACCAUUUCUGUCCAAUGGGGCAGUUUUUGACGGAGGUGUUCGAUAUAGAAUAGGGGGUUCUAUCUGUUCGAUAUGGCGUUCGACAGGAUCGGUCCAUUCUAAUCCAUGAUACUGUCAUCACUUGUAUUUACUUCUUGAGACAUUGCUUUGUACAAAUAGCAAUGUGUUGUCGCUGUGUUUUAACGUUAAUGUUACUUAAUGCUAACUACCUCUGUCUUGUUUGCCUUAAGUUAUCAUGGAUAUGUAAACGCCUUCAUUAAUAUCGACAUUUUUGAUUAAGCCACACUGACUUUUAAUAUUUCUAUGACAUCCGCCCAGGUCAAUCAGUAUUCUAUGCUUGCCAGAGGAUCUGCUCUCCGGGGUAAGGGGACACGUCGGCAGGGCAUGAGGUCAAAGCUUCCUCUUUAAUCAAGAAUGGCAAUAAAACAUUAUAGAAAUGGUGACGAUUGCCUAUUACUGGAGUCUUACUGGAGGUGAACACAACACAAGCCAAGUGUGGGAAAGACUGGAUUGGAUGUUUAGUUCCUGUGGUUUUAAGCAGCCUUCUUGCUGGAUUUUUUCGUCCUCUAGCAUCAGUUUUGUGGUCUCCAGAUAAUGUCGUCCUAGAUUAAGUGUGUCCGUAUGGUGUCUUAAAAGCCCAUUGUUGAAAGGCACACUAUCAAACUUGAAACAUUCACUGAUUCAUUCAGCAAUGGCUGCUGACAUCUAUAG